AUCAAUAGGUGCCGGAGCUGAACUCGUAUUCAGAGAUGGAGGAAAUCAAGUCUCAUGUUGCUCCUCAGAAAAUGCGUAUAGUAUAUAGUAAUAGUAAUAGUAAUAGUAAUAGUAAUAGUAAUCUCAUUGGCCCACUAGAUAAGGAUGGGACAAACGCUCUAGUGUAUGCGAAACGAGCAUUGCGUUUUGUCCGAGAAGUUCGUGAAAGAGUGCUCGUUACAUCAAAAGAGAUGGCGAUGAUCUGUCAAAUCGACAUUGUGUCGGUGUUCAGUCUCCCGCUCCUGUUCUCAACUAUACUAUGGCUUUCGUUACUAUACUAUGGCUUUCGUUGGGUAGAGCACGGGAGAAUAAAGUCUAUAGUGUAUGCGUUACUGUACUGGGAAGCUAGCAUUUUUGCUUGUCAUGGAAUCAAGUCUAUUUGUUCGAAUGUUCUUUUUUUCGUUUCGUUGGAAAAACCAACGCCGACGUCAAGAAUGGAUCAGUCUAGUCUCCUUUCUCUUUUGGGAGCAGAGCUGAAAAAGAUGGAAUUGUCAAGUACGAUGAUAUUUUUAUUAACGGAUAGAAAAAUGCUAUUAUCAAGUAGUAAACCCAUUAUGAUUGCAACUCGUGGGAUGCCUGGAAUCCCACUAAAUCGAGAAUCGGAAUCGGUGGAGGAUGUGCAUAGGGUACUCCGAGCCCUCCCCUUAUUUAGAGAAAUGGAAGGUAUCUUGCGUGAGAGGAACCUGAAUCUCCCGUCAGUACAGGAAAUAAGCGCUUUCCGUGUGAAUCUAUUCUCUGGUAUCCGGCGUGAGAGUGCGAUUGCGGACUACGACGCUUUUUGGCGCUCCUUACUCGAGGAGAUUCACACACCUCAGGGACGUAGUUGUUUUGGUCAGAGAAUACAAGAUCUGCACGCCCGAAUGUCUGCCGAGGGCAACUGGGACUACUUGAUUGCCCAACAAGGCAGAGGGUAUUUUGGUAACCUACCUAAUCUCAACAGCCCGUUGGAUCAAUAUCAAUUUGGAAUUCACCCAAUUCUGGAUCUGAAUAUUGGUGAGUACUAUGUCUCAUUCACAAAUCUAUCCUUGUCUAUGCUACUCACUCUCGGUUUGGUCCUACUUCUGGUGCUGCCAAUGAUUCUUCGUUCAUUAGAAUGUCGAUUCCUCACAAUCGCUCUUUGUGAUGCUGCGGAACCAUGGCAAUUAGGAUCUCAAGACGCAGCAACACCUAUGAUGCAAGGAAUCAUUGACUUACAUCACGAUAUCUUUUUCUUCCUCAUUCUGAUUUUGGUUUUCGUAUCACGGAUGUUGGUUCGCGCUUUAUGGCAUUUCAACGAGCAAACUAAUCCAAUCCCGCAAAGGAUUGUUCAUGGAACUACUAUCGAAAUUAUUCGGACCAUUUUUCCUAGUGUCAUUCCAUUGUUCAUUGCUAUACCAUCGUUUGCUCUGUUAUACUCAAUGGACGGGGUAUUAGUAGAUCCAGCCAUUACUAUCAAAGCUAUUGGACAUCAAUGGUAUCGGACUUAUGAGUAUUCGGACUAUAACAGUUCCGAUGAACAGUCACUCACUUUUGACAGUUAUACGAUUCCAGAAGAUGAUCCAGAAUUGGGUCAAUCACGUUUAUUAGAAGUUGACAAUAGAGUGGUUGUACCAGCCAAAACUCAUCUACGUAUGAUUGUAACACCCGCUGAUGUACCUCAUAGUUGGGCUGUACCUUCCUCAGGUGUCAAAUGUGAUGCUGUACCUGGUCGUUCAAAUCUUACCUCCAUCUCGGUACAACGAGAAGGAGUUUACUAUGGUCAGUGCAGUGAGAUUUGUGGAACUAAUCAUGCCUUUACGCCUAUCGUCGUAGAAGCAGUGACUUUGAAAGAUUAUGCGGAUUGGGUAUCCAAUCAAUUAAUCCUCCAAACCAACUAAACCGGGGAAGCUGAAGCGGAAAUGCAAUUCUCGGGUGAGGGAAGGCUUCGCUCGCUCGCUCAAAAAGCUCUAACGCUCGUUUACGAGUGGAGUGCAUAAGCCCUUAUUGAAGUAGGGCGAGGCCUUACUACACGAGCUCGUAAGUAAAGCACGGAACGAGCCUUGUCUACGAAGCUUCGCUUCAUCAUCUUGCUUGCUUCUGCCGAAGCUUAACGCACUAUAACAUAGGCAUGCAUGAUGGUAUGGUAGGAAGACUCCUUUUAAGGCCGACCACUACAUAGGAGCGAUAGGAAGCCAAGCCGUCAAAAGGAAAGGCGAGCAGCCCUUAUUGCAAUAGCAAACGGCCUACUUAUAGCCCUAUUUAUACCCUUUAUCGGGGACGGGCCUUACAAGCUCAAUAAAUUGCAAUUCUUCACCUUUUCCUCAGACAGUGGGAAUGAAUUUUCUUACUUGAUUGACAUUGACAGAUAUGUGUACCACACCGAACAAGCAAUAUGUCAUAUGCUUGAUGUACCAGCCAAGCCAGCUCUUUUUUUCUCCGUUCCCUUAUCCUUAGCGCUAAAGUCAAAAUAAAAUGCAAGAGAGUUUGUAUUUGCAAAUGAAAAUGAAUAUGGAUCUAAAAAAAAUUAUAUAAUCAAUCAAUAAAUAAUAAUUGGAAUAAUAUAAAAAAUAUCCUUCGCGUAUUCGUUUAGAAUCUUGUUGACCCUACUCGCUUACUCCUAUUUUCCUGCUUUCUUUUUCGACAGAAUUCAUUCUAUUCUAACUUUCUUGAAAGAAUGGGGUUCUGGGCUCACCCUCUCUUCCUUUUUGAGAAAGAUGGGCUGCCCUGGGAGUCUCGCCUUGGUGAUUCUUUCUCUCUUGGGGGUCUUCUUCGGUAGCGAAUCCGCUCUCAUAAAUUGGAUGAAUUCUUCUGGGUCGGCUUCGGGAUCCGCCUCUGAGAGUUGGCAAAAGUACCUCAACUUAUCGGAGUCGGAGGAAAAUGCCGCGUCCGAACCAUCCACAAGCCACACCCCGCCGAACCCUGAACCUGAAGCACCAUCCAUUUCGUUCUUGCGAGAACGAAUCAAAAAUGUUAUUCGCUCAUGCCAGCGUAUACGAAAAUAAAAAAUCCUAAAAAGGAUUAACGAAGAUCUUCACCUUGAAACGGCGAGCGCCGAGAAGCGGGUAAAAAUCGCCCAGGUCCUCGAUAACAUGAACUGGAAAAGGGUUUUCUUUUAUACCUAUACGGGGGAACCUAAGAUAAAGCCCAUAUCGACUUAACGGUCCACGAUUGGGAUCGCGCACGAAAAGGCUAAACACAGCCUUUUUCUUGUCCUCGGGACAGCGGGCUAGUCCCGUGCCUGUUUUUUUGAGUUGGGGUACACAAUCUUCCUUGUGACUGCCAAACCAGAUUUCCGUUUUUAGGGAGAAGGUGUAGUCUUUUUGAACGGUGGUAUCGUCAAGAAGAACGAGGCCCGCCCCAUUUCUGGGGCGGGGGGAAGGAGAAGUGGGACUGUGGGUCUCCUUUCAU